AUGGACCCCAACUUAAGGAACCCCCCAUCAGGGGAGAAUAAAACAGAAAAAGGUCAACCAAAAAGGGAAGAAGCAGAAGGGGUGGACAUUCUGAAGCACUGCCACAACGAGUUCAAAAUGGACAUUUCUUUUUUCACAAAAUUGUAUGAACAGAAAAUUGAAAUUUACAAACAUCGAUGUGAGUACAUCAAUCUUCUUUCGAGUAGCAAAGUGCAUAGAAUGAAGGUGACGGUGAAUCAUCCCUACCUGCCGGAUGGUUCGGAGCCGGUGGUGUUCGAGCAUCCCUACGUCAGUUGUAGCGUGGUGGAAAUUGAUAAGAAUUCUUUUCCGCAUAUCGAGGGGGAAAGCACUCAAAAUGCAGUACAGAGUAUGUCCCAUGAAGAAAUGGCAGAAAAGGAGAACGUUACUAGAAGGUACACUAUCCCGAGUGACGUAAGUGAUGGAGUAGAGGAGCCCUUGUCCUCGAUGUACACAACAAGGAGCGCAGAUAUGAAAAACACACAGGGGAAGGAUACUAAGGAUAAGAAAAGGAACUCUUUUUCAAAGAAAUAUCGGGGCAUUUUACUAAACUUCAACACACUGGAGGAAUUUCUAUCCACAAAAAGGUGUACACAUAUUAAUUACACAAUGAGCAAUUUGAGGAGGUAUUUGAAGAAAGCUAGCCAUGUGAAUGAUGGCCCCGCAGAUGGAACAAAAAAAAAAGACAACAUUUAUGAGGAUUCCUUUUGGAUAUAUAAACCAAAUGAGCUAAACUAUUUUGAAAAAAUAAACACCUAUUUAAUUUUGACUUUUUUUGAUCUUAAAAAUUUUCUGUGUUAUUACAGCUUGGCCAACCCGGUGGUGAAUCCUCCUGUCCAUUUUAAGAUGGUAGAACCAAGUGAACGAUUGUAUUUUUUUAUCGACUCUGAGGUGAUGUACCUAGAUUGGAGAAAGAAUCACAUCAACGUGGGAGAUUUGCUCUACUUGUCUCACCAAAUUGAUACCUCCUUUCAGGGGAAUAAACUGUUCAUACAGUCUGGGGCAUUUCUUCUGUUAAAGUUUGACAUGGAGGAGUUAUCCCUACACAAUGAUGAUAUGUAUAUGGAAAUAUACCAGAGUAGCCUUUAUCGCUUAGUUGUUUCCGAUCAACUUGGAGAGAGGAAAGAAGAAAUAGAUUUUGCUUCGUUGGACUCCUUCAAGGGUGUGUGUGACUAUCUAUUCGGCAUUCGCGAGAAGUACUCUCAAAGGAGUAACACCUGCAUGUAUGCCUGUUCAGAUAGCUCAGUGGAGCAGUUAAAAAAAUUCUGCACACUCGAUUGUAACUGCCACUUGGAUGAUCCAAAGGUGAAAUAUAACAACAACCCUUAUCACGUACUGCGCAGUUAUGCUGGACUCACCGUCCUACCCUUAAGCUGCUUAGGCGAACUGAAAGAAGAUCUACAAAAUAUGAAGGAGAAAAAAUUAAAAUAUGUUAAAGAAAAUUUUUUCCACGUAUACAUCUGCCUCGUGGAUCCAAAUUGCUUCUUCACAUCCCUAGGUUGGGAUUUCAGAAAUCUCUUAUAUUGUCUCUCCUUAAAAUAUGAAUUACACGAUUUCGAAAUCGAGUUGCUUAUUUUUAGGGAUUUUUCUUUACUGUCUGAGGAACUGGUGUGCAAGGCAUUCUCCACUCAUUUGUUGUGGAAUUACCCCUACUUGAAAAAUCCCAUUGGUAUCAUCCCUGGGAUGUGUAAUGCGGAUAUUUCAUCUAUGAAGAACUCUCAGUACAGGAAGGUAUCCAAAAUGGUUACUCGAGAUUAUGGUGCCAUGCAUAUGGAGAGAGAACGUGAGGGGAUCGGUAAAAGGGAAGAACCUUACGUGGGAGGGAAAGCUAACUCUGGGGAGACACACAUCUCUCAGGGGAACGGCCGACUGGUGAAGUACAUGCUAAAUUCGUCAGUUUUUAAAAUAAAGGUGCCAGGCAGGGGCGACCUUGGGGGAGAAGCGGCUACGGGGGGAGCGGCCACGGGGGGAGCGGUCACGGGGGAAGCGGCUACGGGGGAAGCGGCUACGGGGGAAGGGGCUGCUCUCGUGGGGGCUGCCCGCGUCCGGUGCGCGCCCGGGUGGAAGCGGCGCGCGGGGGCAAAGGGCGACAGCUCCAUCCACAAAGUUAGCCUGCGCAACUUUGUCAACAGAGACGUAGUACAGAGAAUAGCCCUCGAGCAACAUGUGAAGUUAAUAAAAUGGAAGCUGCUCAAAGAUUUAAAAGAGGAAAAAAUAACCUCAUUGAAGGUAUUAAUCCUAGGCAUGGGGACAGUAGGGUGUAAUGUCGCAAGGACGUGUGUAACCUGGGGAAUAAAGCACUUAACCUUCGUCGAUAACUCUGUCGUAAAGCAUUCGAACGUAGGUAGGCAGUCCCUGUACACCACAGAUGACGUGGAAGAUGAGUCUAAAAUGCCAGUACACAAAGUAGUCGCUGCGAAACGGAGUUUAUUAAAAAUUGCCCCAGAUUUGAAGAUCGAGGCGAAAUUUAUUGACAUUCCUAUGCCUGGCCAUUCGAUCUACGUCUCCAAUUCACGCAUAUGUAAGACGAGGGAGACAAUCGAGGAAUUAAAUUAUUUGAUAUCCAAUCAUGAUGUCGUUUUUAUGGCAACUGAUUCGAAGGAAUCAAGGUACUUCCCCAGUUUGCUAAUUGCGGAGAAGCAGUAUAACGCUAUGAGGCAGUUGCAAAAUGGACAUAACUGUGAGCAGCAGCACAGGGUCACCACCCUCCCCACGGAGGACUGCACUACCCCCGUGGGGUGUGAUUCCCCUAGUGAUUACCAUAGCGAUCUCUACAUGCAAUUAUCGAAGCAGGACAACCUCACGCACGAAGCAAUCCGUGAAAGGCAAACUUUUUACAACAAUAUCCUCACCAAUGUAAACCAGCUAGCCAAAAUGCCACCCCUGGGAAUUACAAUAGCCUUAGGAUUCGAAUCGCUACACAUAAUUCGACACCCCUACUUGUAUUUUAAGGCUGGCUGCUUUUACUGUAACGAUUUGCACUCUCCUCAAAAUUCUUCAUUUGGCCAACCCCUGGAUGAGAAAUGUACUGUAACUAGAGGAGGACUAAGUAGCAUCAGUGGUGGUCUAUCUGUGGAGUUGUUAAUAACCCUAACGCAACACCCGCUAUAUUUUUUUGCACCUCACACGAAUAGAGAUCAGUAUGUGUAUAGCAACCACAUGCAUAUGAGUGGAGGGAAGCCUUGUAAGGAGGAGACAGACAUGGUGAAGAACAACAGGGGUGCUUCUUCAAAUUGUCUCGUUUCUUGCUUGGGAGCCACACCUCACAUUUUAUCCCUCAAUUUGGCCGAGUUUACCAUGAGGAAAAUGUAUUGCAGUGCCUUCGACCGAUGCAUGUGUUGCUCGGAGAAGGUCAUUUUGCGCUACCAGGAGUGCCGGGAGGCCUUCGUCGAAAAUGUCAUCCGCGACAGCAGCGUACUCGAGAGGAUCACGGGCAUCGACGAGCUCAGGGAGAAGGAAAGCGACGUGAUCAUGUUGGACUGA